AUGAAUGAAGAUGAAUCGAUCGACAUUGAUUCAGACGGCAACUUCAAUGAUGGAGAAAAUCCUGUUGACGAUGCUGCUGCUGCUGCUGAUGAUGAUGAUGAUGAUGAUGAUGAUUACGACGACCAUUAUUUAGAGGAAGAGGGAGAAGUUGGAGAGGACAGGGAAAUGCCUAGUGAGUUCAAUGAAGAAGAUCUUAUAAUUGGUCCAAUUACUGGGAUGCAGUUCAGUAGUAAGGAUGUUCUGUUUGAUUUUUACAAAGAACAUGCAAGAUUAUCGGGUUUUUGCAUUGUCAAAAGAACGUCCAACAAAAAAGGUGAUGAUAUUAUUAGGUAUGUGCAAUAUGGUUGUGAUAGGUCUAGGAAACCAAGGAAUAAGCAUGUUACCAAGAGGAAGAACUGCCGUGCUAGAAUAAAUGGAAUUUUGGAGGAGAAUGGUUCAUGGCGUGUUUCAAAGGUGGUAAAAAAACAUAAUCAUCAAUUGGAACCAGCACUAUCGCGAUUGAUGGCUGGACAAAGAUCGCUUAGCAAGUCUCUUAAGAGAACUCUUGCAGCCAAAGAUAUUGCUGGCUUAAGACCCUCAAAAAAUAUAAGAGUCGCUGAAGUACUUGCUGGUGGCCCCGAAAAUCUGGGUUGUACACCAAAGGACUGUAGAAAUUAUAUCUUGAAGAGUAGAAAGCUUCAGUUGCAAGAAGGGGAUGCACAAUCAUUACUCAAGUUCUUCAGUGACAUGCAGCAAAAAGAUAGGGAAUUUUACUACUCCGUAGAUGUGGAUAGUUUUGGUCGACUUCGUAAUGUCGUAUGGGUUCAUUCACACUCUAAGGUUGCAUAUGAGGAGUUCCAUGAUGUAAUAUGCCUUGAUACCACAUACCUUGUGAAUCGAUACAAUAUGCCAUUUGCUUCAUUUGUUGGUGUCAAUCAGCAUAGGCAGUCCAUACUUUUGGGAUGUGCUCUUAUGUCUAGUGAGGAUAUAACAAGUUACAAAAUGUGCUAUGAUGCCAAUACAAUACAUAGAUAUUGUAUAUGGCACAUAUUCGCAAAGUUGCCUACGAAGUUAAGCGGAGUUCUUGAUGGUAAGAUUGCAAAGGCAGAAUUUAAGGCUUUAGUCCUUGAUAGCAUUAACGUUGCUGAGUUUGAGAGACGAUGGACUGAUUUUAUUGAAAAAUAUAACUUAGAGGAAAGGGAUUGGUUUUAUAAGCUUUAUUUGGAGAAGGAGAAAUGGGUUCCGGUAUACCUAAAUGACCACUUUUGGGCUGGGAUGUUGUCCACACAAAGAAGUGAAGGAAUGCAUGCUUUCUUUGACGGAUUCAUCAACCGGCAAAGCACUUUGAAGCUAUUUGUUCAGCAAUAUGAGUUAGCCAUAAGAGCUAAGUUCGAGAAAGAAUUGGAAGCUGAAUAUAGGUCAAGGUGCUUUGAACCAAAAUGUUUAUCUGAAUUUGCAUGGGAGGAAAAAUUUCAAACAUGUUAUACUCGUGAAGUGUUUGAAUUUUUUCAAGUACAGUUAAGGAAACUGUACCACUGUGAAAUCAGCUCCCCUGAAGACCAUCAAGCAACAACAGGGGUGGAGAAUUACAUUAUCUCAGAUUAUUCGUUCAGGAGUUUUAACACUAGAGAUCCAUUUGUAUUCGCGGUUUAA